UGAUGUGAGUAGCGUGUGUAUUGUAGCGUCCUCUCACUGCAACGAGUCUAUUCCUCGUGACAUUUGAUUGAACGUGUCUUUUCAAUAUGGCGCCUAAUAAAGAGACAGCUGUAAGAGUGUCGCGAGCCUUUCCUGAGAGAGUGUGAGGGAUAUUCUGUCUUCCUGUAUUACGAUUUACUUGGUGAAGCGAGUGUCUGGAUACACUUCGAGCAGCCACCAAUAAUGGGUUCCUAAAGUUCUACAUGUCGCAGGUGCACGGACUAGAGCCCUCUUGCGGCCACCAUGAGCACGCGAGGCGUUCUCAGCCUGGACCAAGAAGUUGGUGUGAGUGAUGCAGUUCUUUUAGACCCACUCACAGAAGAAGCUUUUAUAGCAAACCUUCAUCAACGUUUUAAAAGGGACCAGAUUUACACGUACAUAGGAACAGUCGUGAUCUCAGUUAACCCCUACAAAAAACUGGCCCUUUACACUACCAAUAUUAUAGAAGCCUACAGGCGUUGCAGCAUGUUCGAACUCCCGCCACACAUAUACGCUGUUGCAGACAACGCCUACAGUUCCAUGCUAGACAGGAAUACAGACCAGUGUGUUAUCAUUACGGGUGAAAGUGGGGCUGGAAAAACAGAAGCUAGCAAGAUUGUAAUGCAAUAUGUGGCAGAGGUAUCUCACAAACGGAAAGAGCUUGUAUCCAUCAAACAACAACUUCUUCAGUCCAUUCCAGUCUUAGAAGCUUUUGGAAAUGCCAAAACCCAAAGAAACGACAAUUCUUCCAGAUUUGGCAAAUACAUGGAUAUAGAGUUCGACUUGCUGGGUCAGCCUUGCGGUGGAGUCAUUACUAACUAUCUUCUAGAAAAGUCUAGAGUAGUGUCCCAGUCCCAAGGAGAAAGAAAUUUCCACAUAUUUUACCAAAUACUCAGUGGAGCAGAUAUUCAUUUUCUCAAAACACUAAAACUCCAAAGAAAUUUAGAAAACUACAGUAUACUGAGCCAUUACAGGUGUUUACAAACAGAAACUGUUGAUGACAGGACAAGCUGGACACUCACGAAGAAAGCCAUGGAGGUCGUUGGGUUUCUUCAAGAUGAAAUUCUGGCUACUUUUCAAAUUGUUUCCAGUGUGUUGAAGUUUGGGAAUCUACAGUUCAUCCCUCGCGCCAACAUGGACGGCACAGAAGGAUGUUCGCUCAUGAACGAGUAUGAACUGUAUGAUAUAUGUGAGCUCCUAAAGGCAGACUUUCGAGCAAUCCAGGCUGCUUUAACACUGAGGACCCUGGAAGCUCGGCAUGAUGUUGUAGUCACAGACCUUUCUGCUUCUGAGGCCACAUAUGCAAGAGAUGCCUUAUGUAAAGCGUUGUACAGCCGUCUCUUCACUUGGUUGGUGAAUAGAAUUAAUGAAAAUAUACGGGCUAAAAGGAUUGGAAAAAGAAAGUCCUUGGGUGUUUUAGAUAUUUAUGGUUUUGAGGUUUUUGAGCACAAUAGCUUUGAGCAAUUCAUUAUAAACUACUGCAAUGAGAAGCUCCAACAGAUUUUUAUUGAACUUACACUGAAACAAGAGCAAGAAGAGUACAUAAGAGAGGGGAUCCAGUGGGUGCAUGUGGACUACUUUAACAAUGCAGUAAUUUGUGACCUCAUAGAAAAGAAUAACCAUGGCAUAUUAUCCUUGCUUGAUGAAGAGUGCCUUCGACCAGGCCCAGUCAGUGAUGAAACUUUCUUGUUCAAGCUGACUAAGGCCUGCCAAGACAACCCUUAUUUUGAAAGUAGGGGCUGUAAAAACUUCCUCUCUGACAAUACGCUGUCUUACCAAAGUUUCCGUCUCCGUCAUUAUGCUGGUGCAGUGACUUACUCAGUUACUGGAUUCCUAGAAAAAAAUAAUGACUUGUUAUACAGGGAUCUUUCUCAAGCCAUGUACAAUUGUGAACACCCCUUAUUGAAAACCCUUUUUCCUGAAGGGAACCCACGGAGGACAACUCUGAAACGCCCCACAACUACAGGAAUACAGUUCAAGAUCUCAAUAGGAGCCUUGAUGAAAAACUUGGAAGCUAAGCAACCCAACUAUAUUAGGUGUAUUAAGCCUAAUGAACUAAAACAGCCCAUGAUAUUUGAAAUGGCACUAGUAAAUCAUCAAGUUCAAUAUUUAGGCUUGUUAGAAAAUGUCCGGGUCAAACGUGCGGGCUAUGCCUUCCGCCAAGACUACAACAUCUUCCUCCAGCGCUAUAAGAUGUGCUCAUUGCAGACUUGGCCAAACUGGUCUGGCCUUCCCGUAGAGGGAAUUACUCAUCUUUUACGUGAUCUUCCUAUCCAUCCAUCAGAGUACACAUUUGGCCGUACCAAAAUCUUCAUCAAAAACCCACGAGUGUUGUUUGAGCUUGAAGAAUUUCGGCGAGAUCGUCUUAAUGAGUUGGCAACAUUGAUACAGAAGACUUGGCGGGGUUGGGUUCAACAGCGGAAAUACCUUAGGAUGAAAAAAUAUCAGACUGUAAUUGCUGCUAACUAUCUCUGUGCUAAGGCUAGAAAGGAGUUUCUUCUCAAGAAGCAAGCAGUCACUACCAUAGCUGCUUAUUACCGAGGAUGGAAGACACAAGAGGGAUUUCACAGCUUGAAGGAACAGAAAGGGAGAAACUUGGCUGCUCUUGUGAUCCAGAACUUUUUCUACGGUUGGAAGGUCAGGAAAAAGUAUCGCCGGUACUUUAGGAAGAAUGCUGCAAGAGUUUUGAUGUACACUAUUCAGGUUUAUGUUAGGAGAAAAUUUUUGCUGUCGCUUUCCAGACAUCUCCCUUCAGAAUCACCACUGUGUAAAGACUGGCCAUCGACACCCAUCUGUUUAGAAGAAACAAACCAACUUCUUAAGAAGCUGUAUCACAAAUGGAGGUGUCAUAAGUACAGAUCAAGAUUUGAUCAGAUGUCUAGGAAUAGAAUGAGAGAGAAAGUGACAGCUAGUUUUAUCUUCAAAGAUAAAAAGGCUUCAUAUCCUAAGAGUGUAUCACACCCUUUCAGAGGAGAUUAUGUUAGACUCCGACAGAAUCUCAAGUGGAAAAAAAUGUCAAUUGAAACGGGAGAUCAGUAUGUAGUUUUUGCUGACAUAAUAAACAAAGUAACUCGGACCAGUGGAAAGUGUGUCCAGACAUUAUUUGUAAUCAGCACAAGUUCCAUGCUCAUCAUGGAUCAGCGAACAUUACAGAUCAAGUACCGAGUGCCAGCAUCAGACAUCUUUAGGAUAUCCCUCAGUCCAUAUGUUGAUGAUAUAUCUGUCUUCCAUGUCCGGGCAAAUGAGCUAACAAAAAAAAAGGGGGAUUUCUUGUUUGAGACAGGGCAUGUGAUAGAAAUUGUUACAAAACUAUUUUUGGUGAUCCAAAAUGCUACAGGCAAGCCUCCUGAGAUAAAUAUAGCACCAGAAUUUGAAGCCAAUUUUGGUAAGGAGAAUGCCAUUCUCACCUUUAAGUCUGUAGGGCUUCCUGAGGUCCAACCUGGCCAGCUAAAAAUUACUCGGAAGGGUAACAGAAUGGAGGUAAUAAUAUGAAAAAAAAAAUUCAGAAGAAAAUGUUUUAUAUGUUCCCUUAGUACCUGAACAAGACAAAAAUAUAAAUUGACCUGGCAACAAAGUCAUGGUGAAUGGGACCCUCAGUAUAAUUACUUUAACUGGCCUAGUUUUCAACUGGUGUUGUGGUUGCAAAGGGGAUUCCUUUCAGCACAAAAUUUUGUGGUGAAAGUUCAUUAGUCACUAUGUGAAUGCUAUAUGCUUGUCAUAACAAUACUAAAAAGUCCAGUAUUACUAAAGAUAAAAUUGUUAGACAAGUACAUUGUUGAAAUAACAUAUGAUACACGGGUGGAAUAACUCUUCAAAAUAACUCUCAUGCCAUUUAUGAUUUAGCGAUGCCUCCUGGAUAAUAUGAAAGUUCAUUAAGUUGAGAAGGAAAUGCAAGACUAUUACAGCAAAAGAAUUACUCAUUUUCAUAACACAUUACACACUCGUCUUUAAAUUUGAAACUGGAAAAAUAUAUUAUUUCAUAUGUAACAAGCUAUAGCAAAUAUACAUCUAUUUUAUUUGGGAUAACAGUCUCUGAUGAAAAAAAACUGCUGACUGAAUGUUGGUGAGUUAUGUUUCGUUUGUGUAUGUUCUUCUCUCACUUUUCUAGACAUUCUCAGUUUAUUUGGUUGCAUAUAAAUAAAUGAAUUAAGCAGUCCAUGAUAUUUUUGAAAUGUUAUUGUAUCAAACAGAGAACAGUUUUGAUUAUACAGUUAAUAAACUCAUCAAAUUAAAUCUUGUAGUUUGUGUAUUGUUGUAGAGACAACCUAAGGGAAUAAAUUGCCUUAACCAUGAAAGCAGACAAGUCAGAACACUUAUAAAUUCUAAAAGCUCUGUCUUCUUUCAAAUUAAAUACUUCCUACCCUGUAAUUUUUGUCAUUAGAAAUACCCUUAAGAAACACUCCUGGAAGUGAUUAAGAUGAAAGACUUGGAUGCUUUAUGAGCACUGUCAGAUGAAAUGAUCUGUGAAUGGAUGUAUUAUAUUACAGUUUAAAUUAAAAAAGAAAAAUUAAUUUCAUACAUAUUUUUCGUGUGCACAUAGAAACACAUGCAUGAUUUUUUUAUGAUCUUAAUGCAUUAAUUUCUCUGAAAUAACUAUUAUAACAAAUAUAUCUAGAAAAUAUGGUAGCAUAUGGAAGGAUGAUUUUGAAGAGAAUUUAUUUAGGGUUUAUAAUAAGAUAGAUUAAACACUUGUAGAAACCAUUUAUGCAUAGCAUAAGCAUGAGAGCUAAGAUUGGGAAACGUAUUUUACUAAAAGUGGUAGAUGUUGAUAGAAUACACUUUGUACCAACAAUUAGGUUAUACUUUACUAUUUCUAACCCUCUCUUUAUAAUAUUAACCAAAUCGAUUUUAACUAAAAUGGCCAAAUGUAUGAGAUGUUAAUAAAAUAAAAAUUCACUUUUAUUCUUAUGAAGUAACCUUUGGUAUGAUAACAAAAUAAAUGUAUCCAUAAUAAAUAAGAAAGGGUUUAUAGAAUGUAAGUUUGUAUGAUCAACUUUUUUUUAAUUUUUACUAGAAUUAUGUUUGAUUUAGUACAAGCAUUUAGUAAGUUAUAAGAAAUAAAUUGUUUAAACCUCCUCUUUUUACACACACUGCACUUUUACCUAAUCUCUAUUUUUGGGGGCUCCCCACUGGCACAGUGGUAUGUUUGCAGACUUACACUGCUAGAAACUGGUCAAUUGUGUAGCUUUGUGCUUACCUUCAAAUAACUAAACUCUGUUUUGAGUUCAACAUGGGUGGCUGCAAGCAUCAAAAAGUAAACGUCCUAAAGAUUCCAUUGACAGAAAAAGGUUAAUAUCAUUUUUUAAUCUAUUUCUUUAUUGAGUAUAAAUACUCUAAAUGUUUUUUUCAAUGGAUUUUUUCCACUGUACAUACUCCACUUUACUGGAGUAGUUAAAAAAAAAACAGGAGUAUUUCAAUUUCUUAGUACUCUAACUAUCAUUAUUUUUUGUUUCCUUUGCCAGAUUUUAAUGGGAAAAUUUCUUUGAAAAGCUUAAUAGAUAUUUUCUUUUAGGGCCUGGCAUGGCCUGGUGGUUAGGGUGGUUGACUCACAAUCUGAAGAUCAUGGGUUCAAAUCCCAUCACUGAACAUGCUUGCCCUUUAAGCCAUGAGGCCAUUGUAAUGUGACAGUCAAUCCCACUGUUCAAUUAUAAUGUCCCAAGAAUUGGAAGUGGUUUGUGUUGACUAGCUGACUUCCCUCUAGUCUAUCAUUUCUAAACUAGGAACGGCUAGUGCUGAUAUCCUUCUAGCAGUCUUAUGCUAAAUUCAACAACCAUCAACAUUUUGUUUCAAUCCACCAACCAAGAAAUAUUUUUUAACUACCCAAUUGGAUGUAUAAAUCUUAAUUUUGAUUUGAAUGAAACACCUUCCUACUAUCAACCUCAAUUGGCUGUUAACAGUAAUCUUUUGUAAGAAACUUAAGUUAUAAAAAAAUCCAUGAUAAGAGUCUCAAGUCUAGAAAACUGAGAGAAAGAGUAGUACAUUUUAAUUGGCAAAAUACUAUUAUGAAUCUUGUUACCACUAAAUGUUUUUUACAAUGUAACUAAUUUGACUUUUAUUGUGGUAUGUUAAUUUUUUAUGUAUAUUUGAAACAAACAGAAAAGUAAAUAAAGAGAUAUAUUAACAUGAAAGUUCUUGUAGGUUAAAGAAAUGCCUGUACAAUCACAGAGAUGUUGUAAAAUAGUCUAUGUAAUAAGAAAAACUAAUGACUGGAAGCUUUUUUUUUCUUUGAAACAAAGUAAAGCAAGAGUGGACACCUUGCUGUUGUUAAAUUAAAAAAAAUUCAAGUUUUAGCUCUGAAAAUUGGUGUAACAAAGUAUAAAAAAGGUUGCUGAAAUAGGAAUACGAUUUUUUAAACUGUACAGUGUUAAAAAUGAGGUUGGUUUGUAAUUGUGAAAAUAUAUAUGUAUAUAUCUACUGAUAUAGUUGAAAGUCUCAAUUGCUAAAAAAUGAGUUUAAAGGUAUUAGUACUUAAAUGUGGUAUAUAAUAUAAAUGGAAAAAUUCUUCUUAGGGGGUUUAAAAGUUUUUGUUUUUAAAUGUGCAGAUUUGAAAAAGUGAACAAUUAUUAAUACAGCAAUUAAGUGCUUACCUCUAACUAAACCUUAUGGUUGCUUAUUAAUUUGUUUAAUAGCCAGUAUAUUCCUUCUUACCUUCUAAGUGGUAACAGUUAAUUAUAUAAUAUCACUCACUGGUAGGUGUAUUGUUAUUGUGUUCUUUUAUGUUAAGGUACUUCUAGGUUUCUUAUGCUUUUUUAGGUUGAGCACUGAUGAUGCUGUAACAACUAAUAAUAUAUAAUAAAUAAAAAAGAAAGCUAUUGGUAACUGGUGAGUUUUAAUUAUAUGAAUUAUAAGAAGUUGAUUGCAAUGAUGGAUAAGAUGUUGUUACAUUAGUAAUGUUAUGAGAUGAAAACUUAUAAUUUCUUUCUAUCUAUUUGAGUUUGCAGAAAGUAUGGAUGGCUUUAAAAUUUUAGCUAGGUUUAAUGCCUAUAAUAAUUCUUGCUUUUGUGGUGGACUCAGGAAGAAAAACAUAGAAACAAUGUGACCACUUCAAACUGCAUGUUUGUUAGAGGGACCAAGUAUUGAGAAAGAAUUUCUGAAUGUCUGUCUGUGAUCAUAAAGUAAAAAUGGAAUUGAACUCAUUUUAAAGGUGUUGAAAGAGUACUCGUGUGUGCUCAUCCUCUUCUCAAAACUAAAUUUGUAUCUACUGUUGAAUAUUUACUGGAGCUAUCUGCAAGUUACAAAAUUUGAUGCCACCUAGAUCAGAAAUUCCUGUCAAUGGAAGCUUCAAGAAAUAACAAAUAAACCAUUCAAAUAAAUCUUCAUGUAGUAAAUUCAAAUCAGCAUUAAUGCAGUGGGAUUUUUACUAUAGCUAAUUCUGAUUCAUAACUUUCAGUGUUUGUUCUGGAACAAAAAGGUACUUUAGCUAGUUGUACUCUUCUUAACCAUCUUUUCUCCUAUAAAGUAUAGUAGUUUUUAUUCCUUUUGUUCUGUUGAAUAUUUGAAAAAUUUUUGGACAUCUCAUGGUUGCUCACUUUUCAUAAAGAGAGCUAUCUUUACAAUGUAACUGUUUCUGUAAAAGUUGGGUGUAGUAAGCCCCCCCCAAAAAAAGUCUGUGUACAUAUUUCUACGGAAUUCUUGUGUGAUUCUGAAGGUGACUAUAUACUUACUCUGUGCAGUAACCUUCUGAAAGAUAUCAGAAUUCUCUGUAGAUUGUCAUUUAUAUUAAUGGAAAGAGAUGUUUUCUUACUAAUUUUGUAAUAAAAAUGUUUGAAUCAGCA